AAAGGGACCCCCUCACCCAUUUUCUCCUAAAGAAACAAAAGAGAACACAUCUCCCUCUUCCCUCACCCAUUAUUUCGGCCAAAGAGACCCAAGAGAGGGAGAUAACCUCUUCAACCUCAUCCUCCAUAGCCAAGAACUAAGCUCAAGCUUAAGGAGUCCAAAGAAGGGGUUUAAGAAGGAAAGAGUUGGGAGAAAGUGAGAAAGAUUAAGGAACUUGAUUUAAAGUAUUUUUGAGCUUCGCCGGAGUUUCGCCGGAGUUGGUCAAAGUUCGCCGGAAUUAGUCAAAAUUCAAUCGGGAAGCGUGGAACGCGCUUAAGCUCACUUGAGUUUCAGGUAGAACUUGAAGGUUGCUACCAUCGCCGUUGCUUCGGGAGGAUCCAAGAAGAGGAGACAUGGUUCGUGCUUCCUUCGUUUCUAUUUAACAAACUUUAUAAACUAAUGCUCAUGGAUAUUAUUUUUAAAUAUUUGUUUGGGGGCUUGUAUGCCCCUGGUUGCCAAAGUGUGGCAUGAACAUUUGUAUUAAAUGUUUCCGCUGCUUUGAAUGAAUAUUUUACAUUAUGUUGGUUUAUGGAUGUACUAUGUGUGAACGAUAUUCCAGACGCCUUGUAUAGUAUGGAUGUGUUGGACUGCGGUUGACUAUUCGUACUGUACGGCGGAUUGUUGACGUGUCCGGGUAGGUCCGGGGCGUGACACAGUCGGGCGGCCUGCGGCGGGUAUCAGAUGCGAGUCACGCGAGGGAGGAUUGAAGGAGGCUCUGGAGCGAAUAACUCUCGACCUUAACUGCCAUCUGCAACUGCAAGCCUCUGGAGUCUAGACGAUGGCGGAAGUUCGAACUUCGAAGUCUGGAAUGAGCGACGGUCGGAGCUCUGGACGGCUGGACGAAGGCAGAAAAUCGAGGUCUCAACUCAAGACUGGAACGGGGAGGAACGCCAAUAGAGGGGAAACACUAAUCAAAACGUCGUCUUUCUACGACGUCUUUUUUCACCAAAGACGUCGUUUGGCUUAUUGAUUCAAGGGAAAAGGGUAAAUAGGUCCAUCUACUACUACGAAAAUGUCUAUCAAAUUCAUGAACUCAAAAAACGUCCAAUUAAACACCCGAACUAUGAAAAAACAUUCAAAUUAGUUUUUUAUCAGGUGACUAAACGGUUACCAUGUAGGUUUUUGCACGCGGUGACACGUGGCCAUACAUGUGUAAAUUUAUUAUUUUUCUUUUUCUUUCUUCCCUUUCUUUUCUUUUUUCUUUUUUCCUACCAACCCUUCUUCUUGUACUCACUAUUGUACUCACCAUAUCUUCAUAGACAUAUUUUUGUCUAUGAGCGGGAUUCACAGACAAGCAAAGAACUCCUCACAGACAUAAUGAGUACAAAAGUGGGUACAAUAGUGGGUACAAAUAGUUUGUUGGGAAAGUUCCCGAAAUGGGACUAAAAAAGUUUGAAAAUUCCAAAAUAGGACUGCUAUGUUUUUAUUCCCAAAAUAGGACUAAUUACUGCCAAAGUUGGAAAAUACUGCCAUGUUUGAAGUCUGGUACUGCCAAAACAUGACAGUAAUUAGUCCUAUUUUGGGAAUAAAAACAUGGAAGUACUAUUUUGGAAUUUCCAAACUUUUUUAGUCCCAUUUUGGUAAUAUCUCUAGUUUUUUUUGUUUUCCUAGUGAUCCUGGUUCGUCGUUUUCUUCUUCUCUCCCCAGUUUGUCCCUUGACUCACUUCUGCCUAAGGGAGUUGUCUCGUGCAAGCUUCUGUCCAACCGGGGAAGAUGAACGGAAAUUGACUGAGGCAUCGAACCGGCAAUGAUCUCAGAGAAGCCGCCCACUUAGGAGCUCGUCGCAGACUCGCGGGCAAGACGGGUGACGUCGUAGAUCUGGAAUCGGUCGCCUCUUGGCAGCUCUGUAGGCAAAUUCACGUUACUCAUCGGCUGACUUGGAUGUAUGAGUCGUUGCAGAAUCUCGCCGACCCUUGUUGCUCGCCGGAGUCAUCGGAGAAGAGGGAACGUUGAUGAGGAAUUUCUGUUGCAAAGAAAACCUGGAAUGGAGAUUGAGUGAGGGCGAUGAACGAGGUGAACGGAUGGAAGAGGACUCACGGAAAACCUGGGAGAGAGAAUGAAGAAGAAAAAAGAUAAAGAAAAAGAGGAAGGAAGUUGCAGACGUAGGUCACACAGGGAAGAAGAAAGGCAGCCGAAGAGAAAGAAGGAAACCAAAGAAGAAAAAGAGGGGGCUUCUACGGUACAUACAAAAAAAGUGAGUGUUUUGGUACAUCACUUUUUAAACCAAUCAGAUAAGAGAGGAUUCCACGUCACCUAAUUUUAGUAUUAACACCUCAAGCAACUAUAAUUUCAAUAUUUGCAAUUGUAAUACCAUCCCUCCUCCAUCUCCCGUUAAUCUCCAUCCGACGGUAACCAAACGGCUGCCGUUACAAACCGCAGAAAGCAAAAACUCGCCGAAAUAAGGAAGAGGCUGCGCAAGGAAGGAGAACUCGCCGAAUUGAGGAAGAAGAACCUGUGGCGCAAAUAACAUGUGGAGCCCAAUUAUUGAAGACGCUGCGCCGCCCAACGAAGAGGCAAUCUCCGGCGAGAACGCAGAGAUGAAUAUAUGUGGCAGUUCAUCAUAUGAUAAUUCAGAUGAGGAAGGCGGUUCUCUUUCAAGUGGUGAAAGUGAAAAAUCUGGUGAUGGACAUGGCGCCGACAUGGAUCUUGAACAUGGUGAGUUUAAAAGGAUCUCAGAUCUGACGCCAGAUGAGAUACAUGCACUACAGUUUGGAAGUGAAGAUGAAGCCUAUGAGUUUUACACGAAGUAUGCCAAGUGUCAUGGAGUGAGCUAUUAUAAACACAGCAGAAAAGUCGAUAAUUAUGCAUUAGAAAUCAACUUCAUCAUCUAAUACAUCGCCAAACUUGUCAAUAAUAGUAGAUGAAUAAAUAAAAAGAUUUAGCACAUCCACUGUCAAUCAAUUGUUACCAUCAUCAGAGAGUAAAGAAAACAGAUGUAGAUGUGCAGUGCGCUAUAGAGAUGAAUAACGCAUCUGGCUUAAUGUGCCUUGGUUCUACACAUCCAGAAAUUUUUAAUGAGGGUAUGUGCAGUGAGCUGCAUUUUAAGGCCUUCUCAGCAGUCUAACACUCUGUUAACUGACGCCUUUUAGAUGUAUAUAUAUUCCUCUUUAGGGAGAUCACUGUUUUGGGCUGAAGCUAUAUGAAGGAAAGCUGCAGCCAGGAAAGUUGCUUUCGUCAAUGAAAGAGUUGUAUGACGGAAAAUAAUCUGUGAGCAUUUUACUCUGAGUAGUAUCAUCAUAAUUUUGUGACAUGAACAAUGGCUUCAUCAGAUCAUCUAGCUCCAUAUAGUUAGCAUUCAUCAGGGGGGUCUUAGGACUUGGCAGACUAUGAUUACUGGUUCCCUCCGGUGCUGAGAAAUUAUUAUGAGGAUACCCACCACCAGUUGGGGCACAAAAUCCAGGGAAACAAAUGCUCUCUUCUUCACAGCCAUUCAAGCCUCCUAAUAGGCUAUUACACGUAUCAAAAGAAAUAUCAGAGAGAUCCAGCCCACACGCAGUACCAUCCUGCAGAGGCAUUGUGGUGUUUGUAGGAUGCUCAACAAGUGCUGCUGCUGCCCAACUUCCAGAGAUAUUCAUCAUGCGUGCUCUCAUCCAAUCCUGCAAACAAGUCAUCAAACUUCCCGUAUCUAUCACACAUAUCUUCUAUCACAUUGCAUUGUUCUAUCCCAGCAACUCUUGCUUGCUCCAUACCAUUAAAAUUCUG